CUGCUUCUACCUACCUACUAGUAGUUACCGCAGUUUGCAGGCUGUUGACUUGACUGGCUCCGCAAUAACUUGGGACUAGAAAGUUCAUUCGCAAGGUAUGUUUGCUUGCUUGCUUACGCCGUCUAUUUGCUUACUGCAUGCUACCUGCUGCAUGCUACCUACUGCAUACUACCUACUGCCUAGGUAGAUGUUGUGCAAGUAUAAUGCAAGAAAGCUGUGAUGAGUUUGCUAUUCUACCAAGUACGAGCAAGUCAAGGGAGAGGUUUAUUCGUCAACGUGUCUGUCUUCAUUCAAUGCAUGGAAUAACAAGUCAUCAUCAUCAUCAUCAUCAUCAUCAUGUGCACAGAGAGGAGAACGAUCAUGAUUAGAAAUGAGGAGGAAGACAAACUUUUGCUAGAUAUUGUGCAGG